AUGUUUCAAGUGAUAAAACGCGCGGCGAGUUUGCCUAAAACUCAUCUGCUUAAAUCAGCUCCUGCGUUUUCAACAUGCCCUGUGCGCUUCGAUAAUGACGUUUAUAAUCGCAAAGAGGCUCCCAAGAUUGACAACGAAACUGUACUCUCGUUACCUGAAGAAGCUCGACAUAAUGCAGCUUUGGAAUCAACCAUCACUGUCCCUGCCAAGGUGGAUCUGACUCCUAUCAGCGGUGUUCCACCAGAGCACAUCAAAUCACGUCGUGUUCGCAUCUACCAGCCUGCUAAGAAUGCCAUGCAGAGUGGCACCAACAACAUUAAUCAUUGGGAGAUGGAAUUCGACAAUCGCCAACGUUGGGAAAAUCCCCUGAUGGGAUGGACUUCCUCUGGAGAUCCACUUUCUAAUAUGAAAGUUCAAUUUAGAAACCCUGAGGAAGCUAUCGAACAUUGUGAGAAAAAUGGAUGGUGCUGGUACAUUGAUACUCCAAAGAUACAGAAACCAAUGAAACCCAAGAGUUACGGUGUUAACUUCUCCUGGAACCGUCGCACUAGGGUUUCCACUAAGUAA